GGUGAAGUGGUUUGAGAGAGAUUUGGUAUUCUAAGGGAUUCAAGUUUGAUUCUUGCUCUCUCUAUUAUUUUAUGUGUCAUUUGGUGAUGAUGGAAGACUAAGCGAGUAGGCGGAGAUCGCUAGUUCGAUUCUUGAACUGAGCGGGUUUUACCUCACCGCACUGUCGUGUCUUCGGGCGAGUGUUCACGGGCUUCGGCCCUAGGUGAGGGUUUUCCCCGGUUCAGAGACGAGUGUAUCCCGAUGUGGUGAAUUCCGCCAAUAACCUAUUUGAAGGAUUCGUUGUCCGUUAAAAAAGACAUACUCGAAUCUUCACCAACUUUAAAAUUCCCAAUUUUCAAACCAACCCUUCAACUAUCCAACAUUUCCCAUUUCACCCCUCCACGUCCCAAACCAACCACGUUCCCACUUUUCAAUAUACAUACAUCAUAUGUUACAUACACACAGACCCUCUUCAUAGUUCAUCAUCCUCAAAUAACAAAACCUUUUAAACUUUUAUGAUAUGCUUCGGUAUCAAUCUGUUCCAGCUUUUGUUCUAAUAAUUUCUCUACAGUGUCUCCUCUACACAAGUGCAAUCCGUACAGUUCCCGAAUCACCGAUCACCGAUUACAUCGAAGCACCGGAGUACCGAAACGGGUAUCAAUGUUCGGGUCGGGUCAUGAUCCACGUAUCCAUGACGCUUGAUUUCAACUACUUGAGAGGAUCCGUAGCUGCAGUUCACUCAAUUCUCAAACACACUUCAUGUCCUGAAAAUAUCUACUUCCAUUUCAUCGCAUCCGAAUCGAAAUCGCCUAAACCCGAAGACUUGACCCGAAUUGUUAGAUCCGUAUUUCCGUUUCUGGGUUUCACGGUUUACCGGUUCGAUGAUCGGGUCGUGAAGGGAUUGAUAUCCGGGUCGGUUCGUGAAGCACUUGAAGACCCGUUGAAUUACGCGCGAAAUUAUUUGGGUGAUAUACUUGACCCGAGUGUGACCCGGGUGAUUUAUUUGGAUUCGGAUGUUAUAGUUGUUGAUGAUGUAAUAAAGCUUUGGUCGGUGUCGUUGACUUCGUUGACCGGGUCACCGGUCAUCGGGGCUCCGGUUUAUUGUCAUGUGAAUUUUACGGGUUAUUUUACGGAUAGGUUUUGGUAUGAUCCGGAUUUGUCGGGUGUGUUUGAAGGGAAGAGGCCGUGUUAUUUUAACACGGGCGUGAUGGUGAUGGAUUUGGUGAGGUGGAGGAGAGAGGGUUACAGAACUAGAAUUGAGAAAUGGAUGGAGGUUCAGAAGACUGAAAGGAUAUACGAAUUGGGGUCGCUACCGCCGUUUUUGUUGGUGUUUGGUGGUGAUGUGGCGGAGAUUGAUCACCGGUGGAACCAGCAUGGGCUCGGUGGGAAUAAUAGGGUUCAUAGUUGUAGGUCGUUGCAUCCGGGCCCGGUUAGUUUGUUGCAUUGGAGCGGGAAGGGGAAGCCGUGGGCGAGGCUUGAUGCGGGUGAUCUGUGUCCGGUUGAUGAGCUUUGGGCGCCUUAUGAUCUUUAUAGACACUCUAGACAACAAUUGAGAUGAUGAUGAAUUAGGGGUUGUGUUAUGUUUAUUGUAGUUUGAUUCAUUAUUUGUUGUAUAUUUUGUUUAAAUUUUGGCCUAUAGGGAUUCUUUUUGUAUAUCUAUAAUUGAAUAUGAGUAAAGAUACUAUUUUGUGUUA